GUUUUUGGCAGCAUCAGCAGCAGCUUAUAGUUUAAUAUCGAACGCCAUAAAAGCUUUUAAAAAUGUUCUCAUAUUGUAACAUCCUUAACUUGAUUUUUUUUCUUUAUUCAUUUGAGUUUUUUUUUUCUUUGGCGAUAUAAAUAAUUUCGCAAUCUAAAUUAACCACACAGUCAUUCGUCGACAUUCGUUGUGUGGAUUAGAAUCGAAUUCGUCGCAUAAAUACAAUAUGAAAUUUUUAAUUGCUCUGGCCUUAGUGGCUUGCGUCAGUGCUGACGUUUCACACUUGUUUGAUCACAGCAAUAACUUGCAAGAAGAUGGUUAUCACUACGAUCAUCCAGUUGUUGAUAUACCCUUCCCCCAAUAUGAAGCCCCCAAGACCGUAGCUCCUAAACCAGUUGCUCCCAAACCAGUAGCACCCAAGCCUGUGGCUCCCAAGGCUGGUGUUUUGGAAGAAGAUGGUUACCACUAUGAAUCCCCCAAGAAGGCUUUUGAACCAGCUAGACCUAUCAUUCCAGCUGCUCCAGUUGUUCCUGCUAAGCCUUUCAUUCCUGCUAGCCCUAAAAACGAAUACUUGCCUCCUGUAGUCAAGCCCGCUGCUCCGGCUGUUGUACCCAAGAAGCCCGUUCCUGCUCCCAAACCUGUUGCUCCUAAACCAGUUGCUCCCAAGAACGAAUACUUGCCUCCUCAACCUAAACCAGCUCCAGCUCCUAAACCUGUUGCUCCUAAGCCAGCUCCUGCUCCCAAACCAGUUGCUCCUAAAGCUGGUGUUUUGGAAGAAGAUGGUUACCACUAUGAAGCUCCCAAGAAGGCUUUUGAACCUGCUCCCAAGAACGAAUACUUGCCUCCUGUAGUCAAGCCAGCUGCUCCCGCUGUUGUUCCCAAGAAGCCAGUUCCUGCUCCUAAGCCUGUUGCUCCCAAACCAGUAGCUCCCAAGAAUGAAUACUUGCCCCCUCAACCCAAGCCAGCUCCAGCUCCCAAACCAGUUGCUCCCAAGCCAGCUCCUGCUCCCAAACCAGUUGCUCCUGCACCCAAGCCAGCUCCUGCUCCCAAACCAGUUGCUCCCAAAGCUGGUGUUUUGGAAGAAGAUGGUUACCACUAUGAAGCUCCCAAGAAGGCUUUUGAACCUGCUCCCAAGAACGAAUACUUGCCUCCUGUAGUCAAGCCAGCUGCUCCUGCUGUUGUACCUAAGAAGCCAGUUCCUGCUCCUAAGCCUGUUGCUCCCAAACCAGUUGCUCCCAAGAAUGAAUACUUGCCACCUCAAUCUAAGCCAGUUGCUCCUAAGCCAGCUCCUGCUCCCAAACCAGUAGCUCCCAAGAACGAAUACUUGCCUCCUCAACCCAAACCAGCUCCAGCUCCCAAACCUGUUGCUCCCAAGCCAGCUCCUGCUCCUAAGCCAGCUCCUGCUCCCAAACCAGUUGCUCCCAAAGCUGGUGUUUUGGAAGAAGAUGGUUACCACUAUGAAGCUCCCAAGAAGGCUUUUGAACCUGCUCCCAAGAACGAAUACUUGCCUCCUGUAGUCAAGCCCGCUGCUCCAGCUGUUGUUCCCAAGAAGCCCGUUCCUGCUCCCAAACCAGUAGCUCCCAAACCAGCUCCCGCUCCUAAGCCAGUAGCUCCUAAAAACGAAUACUUGCCUCCUCAACCCAAACCAGCACCAGCUCCCAAACCUGUUGCUCCUAAGCCAGCUCCAGCUCCCAAACCAGUAGCUCCCAAAGCUGGUGUUUUGGAAGAAGAUGGUUACCACUAUGAAGCUCCCAAGAAGGCUUUUGAACCCGCCCCCAAGAAGGAAUACUUGGCCCCUGUAGUCAAGCCUGCUGCUCCAGCUGUAGUUCCGCAGAAACCAGUUGCCCCCAAGAACGAGUACUUGCCUCCUCAACCUAAACCAGCUCCCAAACCAGCUCCUGCCCCUAAGCCAGUAGCUCCCAAACCUGCUCCCAAGCCCGUUGCUCCCUCAAAGCCCAACAACGAAUACUUGCCUCCUCAACCCAAACCAGUAGCUCCCAAACCAGCCCCCAAACCCGCCCCUAAGCCAGCUCCCAAAAACGAAUACUUGCCUCCUGUAGUCAAGCCUGCCGCCCCUGCUCCUAAGCCAGUAGCUCCCAAACCUGCCCCCAAGCCAGUAGCUCCCUCUAAGCCCAACAACGAAUACUUGCCCCCUCAACCCAAGAAGGAACCCGAAGGUUACUUCUAUCCCAACAACCCUCAACCUUCUUUUACUUUCUAAAUUAUUAAAUUAAUUUAAUAUCCUGUCUUUUUUUAAUUAGUUAAAAAAUUUAUCGUAAAAGAUCCAAAAAAUGUUUAUAGUUUAGUUUAAGAAUCUGUUUUCUAUUUUUUACAUAAAAUGCGCCAUAUAUUUAAAAUGAAAACAUUGUAAAUGAUUAAAAAAAAUUAAAAGAAAAAACUCGAGUUUGUUGGUAUCUUUUCUAUGCAAAGAACCAAACAAGUUAAAUAUUACGAAAUAAUAAAAAAAUGUUAAAAUAUUAAAAAAAAAAAAA